AUGACGCCAUCGUAUGCUGCAUCGCUGAGCGAUACAGCUCGCAGCAGUCUGGUGGACAUCAGCGACUCCAGAGACAUUGAAGUCUGCAACACGAAAUUACAACUCGGAAGAAGUAAUUAUGAAAACAAAUUCAAGGCGGAAAAACUCAAAAACGUCGAACAGGCUCUACAAAAACUUCAGUUGACAGAGGAAGUGCUCGCAUUUGCUGUUGAGACGACUACGGGAACGGCCAUAGUAGUUUCCAUUCAACAAGAGCGUUGGUGCUCUUCGGUUCUUUCGCUUGGACAUUUUUCGUGGACAUGUUUCGUCCUCGCAACAGCACCGUUCCUGCUAGAGUCAGGCAGGAACAGUCGCAAGGACUUCGCACUCUCCCGAACCAAGAAGAUUAUUAACAAAACCAGUGUCAUCCCUUUACAAGAAACUUUCACUCUAAGGGAUGUACGAACAUCGAAAUACAAGGAGAAUGACAAUACGUGGAGCCCGAGUAAUAAACAGAAAAGGAAGACUGUGGCUGUGCCCGAGGAGGACAUCGAAAGAACAAGUAAUGGGCAAAAAAGAAAAGCUUUGGUCGAGGCUGCCGAAGACAACAUCGAGAUGAUAGAUGACGAAACAUAUUAUAUGCGCCUUUGA